GCCCCGCGCACCGGUCCCCUUUCCUCGCAACCCUUCUGCGGAUCGGCCUGGCGGGGCAGCCAGCGGAGCUCUGAACGGAAAGCAAGAUCUUCGUCUCCUCGGCUCGGGGAGCGGCGUGUGAUUUGGAGAGGGGAGCGACAGUGCCCUAGGGCGGAGGGGCGCAGAGUUAGGGAACCAGAAGGAAGUUUAGCCUCGCGGAGACGACUGGCACUUCGGGACGCUUCGUCGCCACCGCCCGGGCCCCGCGGCGGGGUGAACUUCACGGUGGCCCUGCGGGCCGCGGAGGGGCUUGCACGGGGAGGAUGCCGGGCGCGCAGCCCCGCUGCUGAGGCCCCGCUGCCCCGAGCAGCCGCCGCUGCCGCCGCAGUCCUCGUCCUCGGGCUUCCUCUACCGGCGGCUGAAGACGCACGAGAAGCGGGAGAUGCAGAAGGAAAUCCUGUCGGUGUUGGGGCUCCCGCACCGGCCGCGGCCCCUCCACGGCCUCCAGCAGCCGCAGCGGCCCGCGCUCCCGCAGCAGCAGACGCCCCGCGGGGAGCCCCCUCCCGGGCGGCUAAAAUCCGCGCCCCUCUUCAUGCUGGACCUGUACAACGCCCUGUCCGCCGCCGACGACGAGGACAGGGUGGGGGAUCCGAGGCACGCUGGGUUCCACGGAGGGGCCAGCUCGUCCCGGCUCCGGCCAUCGCCCGGAGCCGCACAUCCCCUCGUGCGCAAGAGCCUCCUGGCCCCGGCACCCGGCGGAGGCGGCGCGUCGCCACUGGCCACCGCGCAGGACAGCGCUUUCCUCAACGACGCCGACAUGGUCAUGAGCUUCGUGAACCUGGUGGAGUACGACAAGGAGUUCUCCCCUCGCCAGCGACACCACAAAGAGUUCAAGUUCAACUUAUCCCAGAUUCCUGAGGGUGAGGCGGUGACGGCUGCUGAAUUCCGCAUCUACAAGGACUGUGUUGUGGGGAGUUUUAAAAACCAAACUUUUCUUAUCAGCAUUUAUCAAGUCUUACAGGAGCACCAGCACAGAGACUCUGACCUGUUUUUGUUGGACACCCGAGUCGUGUGGGCCUCCGAAGAAGGCUGGCUGGAGUUUGACAUCACGGCCACCAGCAACCUGUGGCUGGUGACGCCGCAGCACAACAUGGGGCUCCAGCUGAGCGUGGUGACACAGGAUGGACUCCACAUCAACCCCCGCGCGGCGGGCCUGGUGGGCAGAGACGGCCCUUACGACAAGCAGCCCUUCAUGGUGGCCUUCUUCAAGGUGAGCGAGGUCCACGUGCGCACCGCCAGGUCCGCGCCCGGCCGGCGCCGCCAGCAGAGUCGCAAUCGCUCCACCCAGUCCCAGGAUGUGUCCCGGGUCUCCAGCGCUUCCGAUUACAACAGCAGUGAAUUAAAAACAGCCUGCAGGAAGCAUGAGCUUUAUGUGAGCUUCCAAGACCUGGGGUGGCAGGACUGGAUCAUUGCGCCCAAGGGCUACGCUGCCAAUUACUGUGACGGAGAAUGCUCCUUCCCGCUCAAUGCACACAUGAACGCCACCAACCACGCCAUCGUGCAGACCCUGGUUCACCUUAUGAAUCCCGAGUAUGUCCCCAAACCAUGCUGUGCACCAACCAAACUAAACGCCAUCUCUGUUCUUUACUUUGACGACAACUCCAAUGUCAUCCUGAAAAAAUACAGGAAUAUGGUUGUGAGAGCUUGUGGAUGCCAUUAACUCGAAAGCAGUUGCUGGGGACAUGCAGCCCGCCUUGGAGUCCCGGAUUACACCUGCCUUAGAAACCUAAAACGAAGCAGCACAUUGGAAAUGGGGUGAGGAGACUUUCAAAGCAUCUCAUGCUGGUGCCUUAUGAGGUGCCCAAGGAAGAUGUCCAAAGGACCUCGCUAAUAGCUUGCUCACCUCAUGAAUGUGUGAGGUGCCGGUCUACAGGGCACGGAGUUGAGGUGUUUGGAGUGUGAGAUCUGGGAACUGCAGAAACACAACUCUGAGGCCCCCUCUGCCCCCUAAAAUUAGGCUUCGCUUUAGAUCAAGCUCUUUGUGUUGUUAGUGAAGAAGUAGGAAAAGGACUCUUGGAGGAGUGUUAAGUAUUCCUGGAUAAAGCACCAGCUGCUUCUAUAGUAUUGAUCAAAGCAGUUUUCAGAGAUUGGAGGGGGCCUCUAUUCCCAGGGGCGAUGAGUUCUUACCGGGUCAGCAGCCUGGACCCUACCAGGGCUCUGCAAAGGUGCCUUUUGUCUCGUUUGUUACAUGUUCGCACUAGCUCCCUUCGUGUGAAAAUGUCCGUAUUUCAGUCCAAACAAAACCUCCCAUUUCCACGCCCCUUUUGCUACAACUAAAAGCAGAGCAAUUGAUCUUGAGGCUGCACAGGGUGCAAAGUGGGUGCAGCAGCUUUCAUUGUAACCACGCCACAUCUGAAAGCAACUCCGCACCGCUCCUGUACAGGACGGGCUCUUUGCAAAGCUCAUUAACUUCUGGAGCACUGGCUCUAAUAUCUCAUCCACCCAUUAGCGUGGUCCUUUGCCGUCCACCAUACAGUACCAGGGCGGCAUGGUGAGGGCCCACGAGGGAAGCCACCCUGGGGACAAAGGGGCGCCCUGGCCCAAGAGUGGGUUCCUGGAGGUGAGUGUGCUGUUUAUGAACCGAAAUCACAAUGUUCUCUCGUAGAAAAUGAAGAUACAGAUUAAAUAUUAGAGUAUUUUUAAAAUGUCUUUUUCACAAUCAUGUACUGGGAAACCAAUUCAUACUAAACUGAUUAAAUAAUACAUUUAUAAUCUAUAAGUGUUUGUACUUAUAGCUUUUUUUGUAAAUAGAAACUAAUUUAUUGUCUGUUUCUUAUCCAUUUUGCUGUAACAUUUAAGGAAAUACAAGACUUUUGUUUUUAAAGUUUAUUUAGAAAGUACAGUGUAAACAAAUCGUACCACCGUGAUCUGAAUACAAGACUCAUGAUGCAAAGCGGAAGCCACUGGAGCUCUGGCCUUCUUGAGAAAGCUGGGUUCUUUGACUGCACGCCUGUGAACCAUGCGCGAUUAAUAAAGAUGUCCUUUAAGGCA